GGCGGAGCCCGCCCGAGCUCCAGAGAGCUCUAUGGUCUGUGGUGCCGGCGCUCCCGGCCAUGGGAGCGGAGCGGGAGGCGCGGGCCUGCGCCGCCUUCUACGGGACGCUGGGCAUCGCCGCGCCGGUGCUGUCCUGCCUGCGCUGCCUGCGCCAGUUCGCGGGGAGUACUGCCAAGAGAUGCAAAGAGAAGCACCUGGAGGAGGCUCUGCUGCUGACACGGGUGCUGAGCGAGGGUCUGCAGGCGCUGGGUGAGGCAGAGGCACGACCCCUGCUCCGCUGCAUCCUGGCUUUCCAGAUGGAGGCAACCAGCAGCUCCAGCUCCUUCCAGAAACUGGAACAGAUGGUGACCCAGCUGGCAGUGGGAAAGGAAGCCCUCCUGGCCCAGGAGGUGGGCACGCUGCUGGCCAGCCUGGCACUGCAGGGAGAGGUGCUGUCUCCUGGGGACCUUCAGUCAGUGUGCAUGUUCCUGGAGGAGAGCAGCCUGGGACGGCAGCACUGGCGGGAGAACCUGGCUCUGCUGCUGCAGCGCUUGGCCAGCACCCUGCGCUGGGUGCUGCAGAGCCAGCCCACACCCAGCAGCACCUGGGGCUACCUGGGCAUCAAGGCCUGCCUCCAGCUCUUCCAGGCGCUGCCAAAGGACGUGGCCCCCCUGGUGUGGAGUGCAGCAGGGAAGAGUGAGACCCUGCAGAGCCUCUUGGGACUGCUGCUGGAGGUGGCCUGGGGGAAGGCCCCGAACAAGGACACGAGGCUGCUGGCAGGCACAGCCCUGAGCAUGCUGGUGAACACGGCCCCACAGCCCCAGUGUGGGGCCAGCGCCACGCUGACCCUGUUCCAGCUCCCCAGCCAAGGCACUGGGGAGCUGAAGUUUGGGGAGCUGGCGUUGGAGGUCCCCCCUGUCCUGGAACCAGAUGGGCUGGAGAAGCUGGUGCUCACCAGAGGUUUGCUGACAUGCUGCAAGACAGACAUCCUCAGCUGCCAGCUGGAGGGCUUCCCUCACAAGGCCUGUCUGCUGCUGGACGUGGUCUUUCCAGCUGUGUGUGCCCUCACUAAGGAGCAGAAGGACUGCCACUACUACUGCUUCCAAGCCUGUGCCCUGUGGCUGCAGCGCCUGCGGGAGAGCCUUCCUGCCAUCUGGCACCUGACGGGGACCCGCAUCCUGGCCCAGGACACCGAGCUGCUCCAGCAGGUCACGCAGCUGCUGUGGGACAAUGCUGAGACCCUGGUGGAAGGGGUGUCUGAGUUCAUCCACAGCUCCUUCCGACUGCUCCUGGAGAUCUACCACCUUGAGUGCCAGCACUUCCAGGAUCAGGAGAGAUCCCUCUACCGACAGAUGCUGCAGAGGGUGGUUUCAAUGCCGUGGCAGAUUAAAGCAAGAUAUGUGCCCCUGUGUGCCAUCAUCCCCUACAUGGGCAGCCAGCAGGUGCUGGAUGCCUACCCGGACCUCCCGCAGCACCUCCUGAGCUGCCUCUCCACCAACCACCUGUGUCCUGCCGCUGCCGAGGUCUACAAGGUGCUGGUGCGGCAGCAGCUCAGUGAGUGGCAGGAGGGGCAGCAGGGCACAGAGGCGGCUCUGGCGGAGCGCUGGGCACUGUGCUGGCUACCCCUGCUCUCCCAGGCCCUCCGCUCCCCCCUGCCCAUCCUGCAGAGCAACGCUGCCAACCACCUCCUCGCCUGGACCCUCCGGCAGCUCCCGGCCAUGCAGGCGCCGCUGGCCAUCCAGUUUGGUGGCCAGGACACGGCAUCACUCCGGGCUUGGGUCUCGCUGCUGAAGGCACAGAAGAGCGUGGCAGGGGCCCUACUGCUGCGGGACGAGGCUCUGGAGCGGCUCUCCUGCUGCCUGGGUGCCCGUGAGGAGGGCAUUCGGCUGGCAGCACUGAGCCUCCUCUGCUGCAGCCCCAGCACCAACCAGCCCCUCUCAAGCACUGAGAUGCAGCUGCUGCAGGAGUUCCUGCCCCUCAACCUCAACUGCGACUCCUCCUCGUUCCGGCAGCUGCUGCAGGCAGCAGUGAGGAAGGCGCUGGUCCGGCUGCGGGACAGCUCCCUGGCACAGCUGCGGGGGAAGGUGCCAUGGGGCACCGAGCCAGGCCAGGGAGCUGGGCAGCUCAACCAGGCAGUAGGCUUCGUGGAGUGGCUGCUGCAGCUCAGCAUCACCUCACUCAGCCCAGGCUCCAACUACCAGAGGAAGAAGACGGCUCUGCUCCUCCUGGCUGCUGUUUUGGAGACCUGCACAGACACCUGGAGCCCUGACAGGAAGAAAGGCCAGCCCCCACGGACCAUGGCCACACUGCUGAGCUACGCCAAGCAGAGAGGCUGCUGGGACUUCUUCUCCCAGCCCAAUUUGUUGGCACUGCUGAGCUGCUUGCAGGACAGCACUAACGAGAUCAGAGACUUGGCCUCGGAGCUGCUUGUCCGCUACUUCCCUGCUACAUUCCCUGAGCCCAUCGCCCUGGCACUCUUCCAGCUGGCCCAGGACACCCUGGGCAGCCCCCGAGUGCAGGAGGCUGAAGCUGGAGCUGUGCUGAUGAAGACCAUCCUGCAGAAGUCAGACAGUGGCACCAUGAAGAGCCUGGCCCUGGAGGCCGAAGCAGCCCUGACGCUGCCCAACCGAGGGCUGUGCUUCGCCCAGCACCUUCUCCACCUGCUGCAAGCCCAGUACACGGUGGCACGUCAGGACCUGCUGCGGGCAGCAGCCACUGCACCCCUGCACGGAGCCAUCGCAGCCCUGCGGAGGUGCCUGCUCCAGGUGCCGGAGGUGGCCGUCUCCAUGCGGGCAGCAGAGUUGGCUCAGAGCUGGCAGGAGCUCCUCACCCGGCUCGUGACCACGGUGAGAGACGUCACCUCCUUCCUCCUGGGUGCUCUGCAGAGCCAGCAAGGCCCCGGUGCCAACGAGCAAGCUGCUGCCCCAUCAUUUGCAGAGAUGGGGAAUGCCAUCGGCUCCCUCAUCAUGCUGGGGAAGGACCAGGGGCAGGAGGAAGAAGAGGGGGACUCAAUCCUCCUGUCAGAGGAGCACAGCCUGAUCCUGACAUGCUGCUGGGUGUCAGUGAAGGAGAUUGGGCUGCUCCUUGGGGGCCUGGCUGAGCUGCUGCUGGCCCCAGCACUGCCUGCCGAUUUGGGCCCCCUGCUGCCACUCCCGACCCUGCAGAUGGCCACCAGGGUGUUCCAGGAAAUCCUGCUGCGGUGCCGGCACUGGGGAGCCGUAGAGGGCUGCAGCAUGGGCUUCACCAAGUUCUGUGCUGCUCUGCUGAACCACCCGGAUGCAGAGCUGCAGGCCAUCCCACGGGCCAUGCUGGAGCAGGGCUUGGAGGCUCUGAGCGGACCCCGCAGCAGCUCGAUCACGCGCCGUGCCGCCGGCUUCCCCAUGCUCUUCCUCUGCAUCGUCAGCGGGGAGGCCCCGGCACAGGCACGGCCACUGCUGUCCCGCUGCAUCCAGACACUGCUGGCCUUGGCCACCACGGCACUGCCACGGGACUGGGACCAGACCCUCGACCUCCCACAGGUGUGUGCCCUCCACGUGCUGCAGACGCUGGUGCGUGGUGCGGGGCUGGGCGGGGCGGUGCUGUGCCACGCCACACCCAUGAUGGCCCUGGCACUGCAAGGCCUGGGCUCGCCGUGCUGGGCCAUGAGGAAUGCGGCCAUCCAGCUCUUCAGUGCCCUCACGUCCCGGCUGCUGGGGCAGCCGCGGAGCCACGGGCAGGGCUGCCCGGCAGAGGGGGUGAGCCUGCCUGCCUUCCUCGGGCAGCACCCAAAGCUGGGCACUGUGCUGCUGGAUGAACUCAGGGUGGCCACAACACCCAUGCCGGGGGGGCCCCGUCUGCACCCCGCGCUCCACGCCAUCCUCACCCUCCUGGCCCAGCUGCAUCCUGGUGCUGACGGUUCUGGCAGCCCCUCUGCUCCCUUCCUGGGGCCACUGCUGGGACUGGCAGAGAGCCCCAUCUACGCCGUGCGAGCGAUGGCUGCCAAGGCCCUGGUGCCCGUUGUCCCACCGCCCCGGCGCCGUGGGCUCCUCCUGCAGCUCGCCCGGCAGCUCCCCGUGGCACCUGGACGGAUCCACUCGCACAACGCUGUCCAUGGGCACCUGCUGCAGAUGCGGGCGCUGCUGGCCUCUGCCACGGGCACCAGGGGGCUGUCGGCCGAGGCGCUGCGCCCCGUGGCUCUGCAGCUGGAGGCGCGGGGCUGGCUGCUCACCCCUGCCCAGCGCUGCCCGCUCGUCCGCGCCGCCUUCCUCCAGGUCCUCGCCCUCCUCCCUGCAUCCUUCAGCCCCGGCUUCGCCCAGCACAUCUGUGACUCCAUCAGCACUGAGCUGGGCAGCCUCCUGCCGGGGGGAAAGCCCGGCUGUGCUGAGCCGCAGGUUGGCUUGGCCAUUCUCCACCAAACCAUGGCCCACUUCAUGUGCAGCGAGGCAGCUCAGCUGGCAGACAGCGAGCGGAUUGCUGCUGUCUGCUCCCUUGUCCAGCAGCCCAAUCCUGAUGUCCAGCUUGCCAUCCUGAGCUGGGUGGUCGCCAGGGAGGGAGGAACAUGCAAGGAGCUGGAGAAGGCUCUCAGGCUGACGUUGCUGGAGAGCUUGCGGUCAGUGCUGCAAGAGAGAAGGGACAAAGAGUUCCUGAGGUUGUACCUUGAGGCUUUGCUGCAUCUUUACAGAGAUCCCUCAUCAUGGUCUCAGGAAGCUUCCCACAAGCUCCAGGGCUUCUGGGCAGCAUGCCUGGAGAUGCUUCUACACAUAGUGGAGGCUGAGUGUCCUGGCCCCGACCUCCUCUUCCAGGCGCUGUGUGCUGCCAGCCUGCUGCUCACCCACUGGUUCGGGGACGAGGCCGGCCCGCUGGUGGAGCGCUGGUGCGCGGCGCUGGAGGAGUGCAGCCGCUCUGCUUCGUGCGAGGUGCUGCGGCUGGCGGCUGCCCGCUCCCUGCAGACGGCGGGGGCCGCUGUGGUGCGGCGAUCUCUGCGAGCUGCCCGGCCCUCGCUCGUCCCCGUGGCUCUGCGGCUGAUAAACAUGGCCAUUCACCUUCUGCAAGAUGAGGAGCGGGAGGUCCGGCACGAGGCCUCAGGUUUCGCCAGCCUCCUGCGGCAGAACCCCAGGGAGCCACUCCAAGAUGGAUGCACCUUUGUGCAGGACAAUGUGGGGCUCCAGAGCCUCCUGCAGCUCCUUCUGGGAGAAUUCGGGGAGCACCCUGAGACCUUCAACUCACUGCUGCAGCACCUCCCCAUCCUAGAUCUCAGGAGCAUUGUGGAGGAGCUGGAGACCAACAAAGCUGCCAGCCUGUACAAGGAGGAUGAACCCAACGUUUUUGCAGAGCCAGCCAUCCUGGCACAGCAGCUGCUCCCUGUCCUGAUGCAGCUCCUGGAGAAGGUGCCUGCUGGCAGCCCACUCCAUGCAUCAGCUCUGCACUGGCUGGAAGCCACAGGCCCUGAUGUGCUGCAGGAGCUGCGGUACUGCAAGCACUGCUGGAGCCAAGGGAGUGGUGCCCACUGGGGGAUGAAGGUGCUGGGCUGUGCCAAACUCCACACAGCCGUGGCCGUCCUGCUGGUGAGGGCCCGGCUGGUGGUACGGGUGCUGCAGGUACUGGGGGAAGGUGCCACUGCUGUGCCAGGGCUGGACUGUGGCACCCAGGAGCUGGAGCAGGAGCUGGAGCUGGUGCAGGGGCUGCUGGUGCAGCACGGGCUGGUCCCUGUGCCCAAUCAGGGCAAUGCACCAGGAGAGCUGGAACCACCAUCUGAGACUGCCUGACACCUCCCAGCAUGCAGUGGUGUGACAUGAAACCCUGCAGUCACGUCCCUCUCUUUGCUGGAUGCUCUCUGGCCACCAGCCAGGCCUGCGGGUUCGGUGGUUUAACUCAGGGGAAUCACAUGCAGUGGGGGACACACUCACUUUUUUCCCACUGUUUUCUAACUGUCCACCUGAGGACUCCAGUGCAGCAUCACCUUGGCCUGUGCCCAUGGCAUCCCUGCCCUUGGCUCUGGCUGGCAGGGAAGGCCCGCACACUGGAGCCCUCACAUCCCCUUGUGCUCCUCAACUCCCAGCACCUGUUUUUUUAACCAGUGUUUUUGUCCACGGCCGACCUGGGAUUUCAUCCCAAAUAAAGAGGCCAAGAACGUU